AUGCCCCCCAAACGCGUUCUGGUCUCGUACGGCGUCGAUAUUGAUGCGGUAGCUGGAUGGAUCGGCUCAUACGGAGGCGAAGACUCGGUCUCAGACAUCUCGCGAGGCAUCUUUGCCGCCGAAGUGGGUGUUCCUCGCAUGCUCAAGAUGUUUGAAAAGAAGAAGAUCAAGGCGACAUGGUUCAUCCCCGGCCACACCCUCGAUUCAUUCCCGACCGAAUGUCGAGCUAUCGUCGACGCCGGGCACGAGGUGGCUCUUCACGGCUAUACACAUGAGAACCCCACGCAAAUGACGCUGAAGCAGCAGGGGGAUAUCCUCGACAAAACCUUCAAGCAGCUGACCGAGUUCGUCGGCAAACCGCCUAAGGGGAGCGUCGCACCGUGGUGGGAGACGUCCAAAGAGGGUGCUGACCUGCUGCUCAAGUACGGCAUCGAAUACGACCACUCGAUGAUGCAUCAAGACAGCCAGUGCUACUGGCUCAGGACGGGAGACAGCUGGACCAACAUUGACUACAACGCCGAGGCCGAGACGUGGAUGAAGCCGUUGGUCAAAGGAAAGACGACAGGGCUCGUCGAGAUUCCAGCCAACUGGUAUGUCGACGACCUGCCACCCAUGAUGUUCAUCAAGACAGCCCCCAACUCGCACGGAUGGGUGAACCCACGGGAUAUCGAACAGAUGUGGAAAGAUAUGUUCCAGUGGUUGUACGACAAUGAAGAGGACUUCGUCUUUCCCAUCACCGUUCAUCCGGACGUCUCUGGUCGACCUCAGGUGCUCGCUAUGCACGAACGCUUCAUCGACUGGAUCAACGAGCACGAAGGAGUGCAGUGGUGCACGAUGGACGAGAUGAACAAAGAUUUCCGAAGUCGUAACAAGACUCCUACUGCCUAG